AUGGCAAUCAAGCAAUACGUGGACAAGGUGAGUUUAAACAAAAUGUGCACAAAUCUGGAAAAAGAAAUUCAGGGAAGAUUAGAUGGAAAUCCUGAUGGCAUCGAUCCAAAUUUGCCGAUCGAUUAUCAAACUGAAUUUCUUCCUUACGACAAACGCUGUGAAUUUUCAAAACAUCGCCUCAGACUCGGAAAACAACUGGGAAAAGGAUGUUGUUUCGGAGAAGUCUACAAAUCCGAAGCUGUUGGGCUCAAAGGAUCGGAUGAACAUGUAACGACCGUGGCCGUCAAAAAGAUCCUAUCGACAUCGCAAUUUCAAAUGAAAUCAAACACUGCCGCAUUAGACGCUCUUAUUGGAGAAUUGAAAAUUCUCAAUUAUUUGGGAUCGCAUUUAAAUGUCGUCAAUUUACUGGGGGCUUGUACUAAAGACAUCAUCAAAGGCGAACUCUUGGUGAUUAUCGAUUAUUGCCCCUUUGGCAAUUUGCAAUCCUAUUUGAUUAAAGAACGCAACACAUUUGUAAACCAAUUGGAUGAGAUUGGUGACCUUCAACUGUUAAAUGAAUCGUUGGAAAUUAACGAGACUCACAGUCAGGACGGUGACUCUAGUGCAAAGCCUGGACCCUCAAGUCAUUCUGUAGCUCAAGUAACAUCGACCAGCGACGAUUCAAUUUUUGUCGCUAAAGAUGAUUGCCAUCAAGAAACGGAAGUCAAUUGGAAAUAUGGAGAAAAUUCAGACGCUAUUACCACUGGACCCAUUUCUACGUGGAAUUUAAUUAGCUUUUCUUUACAAAUCGCCAAGGGGAUGGAAUUCAUUGCUAGCAAAAAGGUUCUCCAUGGCGAUUUAGCGUCUCGCAAUGUCCUUUUAGCCGAUCAUGGAAUUGUCAAAAUUGCAGAUUUUGGAAUGGCCAGACAAAUGAAAAAUUACAUUUACGAAAUGAAGGGACAGGGAUUACUACCAAUUAAAUGGAUGGCUAUUGAAUCACUGGCGGAUCACGUAUUUUCCAGUAAGUCCGAUGUCUGGUCUUACGGCAUUGUUCUAUGGGAAAUCUUUGCCCUGGGAAAAAUUGCUUACCCAGGUAUGAACGGCCUUAUACUCGUCAAAAAUAUUCAAGAAGGACUACGAAUGGAUAAACCAGAUUACGCGCCAAAUUUCUUUGGAGAAAUGAUGAAAAGUUGUUGGAACAAAGAACGAAACGAACGACUAACGUUUCAUCAUCUGGCCAACACGAUCGAGAAGUACAUGGAGCCAUUCGUUAGCUCUGGCUACUUGGAUACAACUUUCAUGAAAAAUAAUGCCAACUAAGACGUUGAUGACUCUUCCCUCGGAAUGACUUGCAACGAAAUUUCAAGGACACGAAACAAUUUCGAUGUAGCCCCACCCCUUCUUUAGAGAAAAACGUUAAACAAUUGUGGGCGAGAAAGAAACAAAAAGAAUGAACACGUUUCUCUACUACAGUUUACACGCACUAAAAAAA